AUGCAAGACUUCAGCUCGUUCUUGCAAAUCAAGCCGCCAAAGGUGCCGCUUCUGUCGCCCGGCACCUUGAAUUUCGCGAAACUGAACCCCAUUCCUCGUCGCUUCCGGCCCAGCCGGAGCAGGGGCGGCCAUCAGAAGAAGCGCUCAACCGCAAAUUUCACAACCAACGCCUGGUUCGUUUUCGGCUCCAAUGAGGCUACUGCUCUCAACACGUCUUUCAACCCCAUGCACUCGAUCCGCGCCCUGCGUCGUCGCUCCUGGCGAAUCCUCGACAUUCAAUACGUCAUCCUUGCCGCCCUAAUCAUCUUCUCCCUCGCCAUCUCGCCGUCGGCCCCUAUCAUCAAGACUCUGGCACUCUGCGCCACUGUUCUGGUUCUGCUCAUGCCCGCGACGAAUCAAUUUUUCCUGCCGUCCCUAUCCAUCUGGACCUACCUCCUGUAUUUCUUCUGUAGCCGAUUCAUCGACGCCAAGUACCGUCCGCACAUCUGGGUUCGCGUUCUCCCGGCCCUCGAAAACGUCCUCUACGGCGCCAACUUGUCCAACAUUCUCUCCGCCCACACCCACGCGGUUCUCGAUAUUCUCGCCUGGUUGCCGUAUGGCAUCGGUCACUUCGCCAAUCCCGCCAUUUGCUCCAUCCUCAUCUGGACCUUCGGAGCCCCCAAGACGCUGCCCGUCUUCGCCAAGGCCUUUGGCUGGCUGAACGUUCUCGGAGUCACCUUGCAACUGGUGUUCCCUUGCACGCCACCCUGGUACGAGAACGAGCACGGCCUGGCGCCAGCCGCCUACGGAAUGCAGGGCUCGCCUGCCGGCCUUGCUCGUGUCGACAAGAUUUUUGGCGUUGAUAUGUACACGACAAACUUCACCACGGCCCCUCUCCCCUUUGGUGCCUUCCCCUCCCUUCACGCCGCCGAUGCAGUCCUCGAGGCUCUCUUCAUGAUCUACUGCUUCCCCCGAUUCCGUGCCUUCUUCAUCUCGUACGUUGCCUGGAUUUGGUGGGCGACCAUGUACCUCAACCAUCACUACGCUGUCGACCUUGUUGGUGGAUCCUUGAUUUCUGCAGCCAUCUUCUACACCGCGAAGACCCGAUACCUGCCCAAGCAGCAGUCAGACAAGGCGACCCGGUUUGAGUACACGUAUGUCGAGAUUGGCGAGCAGAAGAAGGUUGUUGAUGAGGAGUACGGCGACUUUUACAGCCUCGGCUUGAUGCACCGCCAACGUUCUGCCGACAGCGACGAAUGGACCGUUGGCAGCACUUCGAGCUGCAGCACACUCUCUACGAGCGGCAGCGGCACAUUGAGUCCUGCACCGUCCGACGAGGGACACCCGCAAGGCGUUUUCUCUGUCGAGAUGACACCUCACGGUCACAUGUGGGAUGGCGGCGUCCCACCACAUGACGGCGAUCUCAGCGAAGUCGUCGUGAUCAGGUAA